AUGGAUUUCUUCGAUUACAGGCCAGAUUUCAACAUAAGUGACUGUACUCAAAGAUGGCCAAACGAAGAAGAUGGAGAUGAGAUGCGACAAGCCUACUUCAUGAGUUUGACCGUUUUCUGCUAUGUCCUGCCACUGACUAUUGUCGUUGGUACCUUUCAUAGCAUUUCGUGGAAACUUCGUGCCAGCAGCAAGUUCAACAGAACCAUAAGAGAGGAUUACGGCGAGAUCGACGAACAAAGACAUCGGGAAAGGCUAAGAGAAAGACAAAACUCCAAAGCAAAAAUCUUCUUAUUCCAGUCGUCAUAGCUUUUGCUGUCACCAUGCUUCCCUUGAACGUUUUUCGCGUCGUUGUUUUGUACAGGAAAGAAAUUGCCCAACAAAAAUAUCUCUGGGUUAAUUUCAAUAUUUGCGUUUUUUCCGUCAUCAUAAAUUCAUCGAUAAACUUUGUCAUUUGCUCUCUUGCAAGUGACGAGUUUCGUCAGGGUUUCAAGCGAUUUUUCUCGUGGAAUACGGGC